AUGCCGGUAACAAAAAAAAAGUUUGUUUUCAUGAGGUGCUCUCAUAACAUCUGUGAUCGGCUGAAAGAAACUUUAUAUGCCAACACUGAAGACUGGUUCUGCACUUACGUUAAUGAAUCAAAGAGUGAAACAUUCAGAAAGAUGAAGGCAUUUGGAAUAAAGGCCGUUGCUCUUGUUGUGGUGAUUGCGCUCGUCUCCAGCUCUUUGGCUAAACCUACCCAUGUCAUUGUGAAGCGCUCAAAUGAGGAGACCAACAACAACAACAACAACAACAACAACAACAACAACAACGCCCCAUCCUUGGCCCGUGUUACUGAUGUGCUCAUGAUCCUGAAGUACCUCAAGGACUUGACUCAACAAAAUACUGCAACUGCAAAACCAUGAUGUAAUCAUGCUC